AUGAAAUUUAUAAACAUAAAAAAUAUUAAAUUGAAUUAUGCGAGAAGUAUAAGACGUCCUUUUAGUGGAUACACAGGAAAAAAUAUAAGUGAUAAAGAUUUGGUUAAAAAAAAUGACGACUGGUACAUUGAAGAAACCAAUUUUUGCUUAGGAAGAGUAACAAAACUCAGAUUUUCUGAAAAGGAUGAUAUGGCUAGAAGAGUCUUAAAAAUUAUGGACAGCCAACUAAGUAAAAUGUAUACAAGGAUGAGAGAUGGAACAGUUAUUCCGUAUAUGUCAUUUUACUUAAACGAUGUAAUAGAUAAGCCUGCUCCUAACCAUCAAUUUAUUGAACAACCUUUAAUAAAAUGGACAUGGGACGAAGCCUAUGAUGAAGCAUACGAAGAAAGUUAA